CUUACAAAAUUUUAUUUAUAAAUUAAUUAGUGAUUGUUAAUUUUUAUAAUAAUUUUAAAGUUGUUUUUGAAAAAUAGUUAUCAUCUUGGUGUUUAAGUAAGAACUAAUUUGUGAAAGAAUCCUUACUAAAAAAACACAUUUAUAAAAUUAGGUAACAAAAUUUUGGAUAAAAUAAAAAAAAAAAUCAGAUAAAACCGGUUCUAGAAAAAUUUAAAUCUCAAACCGGUUCUGAGAAAUAUUCAAUUUCAAACUAGUUCAAACAAAAAAAAAAACUCAUUUUUAAUUCUGAAUCGAUUUUAAAUUGAACUGAACCAAAUUAAAAUUAAUUUUAAAAAAGUAAAUAUGUGAUUUUUGGUUUAAUUUUACAACCAUGCACACCCUAGUCAAAAUUUGGUUUAAAAAAAAAUUUGAAGUACUAUAAAAAUACUAAUUUGUUAAAGACCUGUAAAAACGAGCGCCUGGUCUCAAUAUUCCAACUAUCUACCACCCAAUUAUUAUAAGCUAAGCUUUCCAUACUCCGACUUCAUAAUCUCUGAGAGUUGACUUGAAAUCAUCUCAUCAAGAUCAAUGCCUUCUUCAUCCUCCUCCUCCGCUCCUCAAUUCGUCUACGACGUCUUCCUCAACUUCAGAGGCAAAGACGUUCGUCGUAGCUUCGUUUCUCAACUCUACAAAUCCCUCACUGAUGCCGGAAUCCACACUUUUCUCGACGACGAGAGCCUCGAAAAGGGAACGGAUCUUGAACCAGAACUAAUGCGAGCAAUUGAAGCUUCUCGUAUUUGCAUAGUGGUUUUCACCAGAGCUUAUAUCACAUCUACUUGGUGUCUUAAAGAGCUUGUUCAUAUCAUGAACUGCUGUAAAACUACUGGACAGAUUGUGCUGCCUAUAUUUUACCAUGUUGAAGCGUCGGAGGUGCGUCAUCAGAACGACGGGUAUAGAAGAGCUUUGCAAGCAACUGCAAAAAGAAGAAGCUCUGGAGGGGAAAGAAUGGAACAUAUGUUAUCCAAAUGGACCACUGCUCUAAACGAGGCUGGAACUAUAAUUGGAUGGGAUUUCCAAAAUUUCAGGAAUGAAGUUGAGUUAAUUUCUGAAAUAGUUCAAGAUGUUUCCAGAAAGCUAAAAAGUAGAUUAUUGAAAAUUACCGAGUUUCCAGUUGGAUUGGAUACCCGUGUGCAACAAAUGAUUCACUUUAUUGAAAAGCAUUCAACCGAAGUUUGCUUGAUAGGGAUCUGGGGUAUGGCUGGUUCUGGCAAAACAACAACUGCCAGAGCUAUCUACAACAGUUUUAAUCACAAAUUUUUAAAACACUGUUUCAUUGGAGAUAUUCGACAAGUUUGUGAAAGAGGCGAUGGAGAGAUUAAUCAUUUACAGGAACAACUUCUUUCAAGUGUUUCGAAAACAAAUGAAAAGAUACAUAACACUCCAGACGGGAUAGCCACAAUUGAGAAAAGAUUUAUUGGAAAAAAGGCACUUGUUGUACUCGAUGAUGUGAGCACAUUUGAGCAAGUAGAAGCCCUAUGCGGAAACAGUAAAUGUUUUGGUUCGGGAACUGUAUUGAUUGUUACAUCCAGGGAUUUGCGUAUACUUAAGUUACUUGAAGUCGACCGUAUCUAUAGUAUAAAGGAAAUGGACGAAAGCAAGUCCCUUGAGCUUUUCUGUUGGCAUGUUUUCAGGAAACCGAAUCCAAAAGACGAAUUCGUUGAACUCUCAAAAAGUAUAGUUGCUUACUGUGGAGGAUUACCACUGGCUCUUGAAGUCAUUGGAUCUUACUUACGUGGCAGGCCAGAACAAUUCUGGGAAUAUGUACUAUCACAAUUAGAGAGAAUUCCAAAUGAUAAAGUGCAGGACAAACUCCAAAUAAGCUAUGAAGGUUUAGAGGAUGAUCUUCAAAAGGAUAUAUUUCUUGACAUUUGUUGUUUCUUUAUUGGGAAGGAUAGGGCCCAUGUUUCAGAGAUUCUAGAUGGCUGUGGACCUUAUUCUGAUGUUGGAAUAACUGUCCUCAUAGAGCGCAGCCUUCUAAAAGUCGAAAAGAAUAACAAGCUUGGAAUGCAUGGUUUGCUACGAGACAUGGGAAGAGAGAUUGUUCGUAAAGAAUCAAAGAAAGAGCCUGAGAAACGUAGUCGAUUGUGGCUUCACAAGGAUGCACAUAAAGUAUUGACAGAUAAUAGUGGAACAAAAACGGUGGAAGGAUUGGUUAUGAAUUCCCAAAGCACCAACAAAAACGGUGGAACAAAAACGGUGGAAGGAUUGGUUAUGAAUUCCCAAAGCACCAACAAUGUUUGCUUUGAAACUGAUACAUUCAAGGAGAUGAAGAAUUUGAGACUUUUACAACUUCAUGACGUUGAUCUUAUCGGAGAUUUUAAGCAUCUUUCUCAAGAACUGAGAUGGCUCCAUUGGCAGGGAUUUACUGGUGAAUGUAUACCUGGUGACUUUAAUCUGGGAAAUCUAGUUGCUUUUGAGUUAAAACGCAGCAAUAUUAAACAAGUUUGGAAUGAAACAAAGCUGAUGGAGAAGCUGAAAAUUCUCAAUCUGAGUCAUUCCAUGUACUUGACAAGCACUCCAGACUUUUCGAAAUUGCCAAAUCUAGAAAAGCUCAUUAUGAAAGACUGUCCAAGCUUGUCUGUGGUACACCAGUCCAUUGGGGAUCUGAGGAAUAUUCUUCUGAUAAAUUUUAAAGAUUGUACAAGUCUUAGCAAUCUCCCAGAGACGAUAAAUCAAUUGAAGUCUUUGAAAACUCUCAUCCUUUCCGGUUGUUCAAAGAUUGACAAGUUGGAAGAAAGCAUAGUGCAGAUGGAAUCCUUGACAACACUGGUCAUAAAAGAUACAGGUGUGAAAGAGGAGAUGUAUUCAGUAGUACGAUCAAAAAGCAUCGGAUAUAUCUCUCUUUGUGGAUAUGAAGGAUUAUCAUUUGAUGUUUUUCCUUCUGUUAUUUGGUCUUGGAUGUCACCAACAAUGGCUUUGUCUUUAGCUUCAAUCAAUGUACAGAACAAUAACUCGGGCUUUCUAACACCAAUUGUUAGGAGCCUUUCACAACUCAGAACUGUUUGGAUACAAUGCCACUCAAAGGUUCAACUAGCCCAAGAAUUACAAAGAAUUCUUGUUGAUCAACAUGAUAUUAAUCGUACAGAUUUGGAAGACUCGCUCGUCUCAAAUCUUUCCUUGAAAUCACAUUUGAUUGGAAUGGGAAGUUGCCACACAGUCAUGGAUACUCUUUGCAAGCGCAUACCACAGGGAUCAACAACCAAUGAUUCGAGCAAUUUUUUCCUUCCGGGUGGAAAUUAUCCUUCUUGGUUAGCCUAUACAAACGAUGGACCUUCGGCACCAUUUCAUAUUCCUAAGGAUAUUAAUUGUCUCAUGGAGGGAAUAGUCUUGCGUGUUGUUUACUCGUCAACAUCUGAAACCAUGGCAGUUGAAUGUCUUACUAGUGUCUUGAUCAUUAAUAACACAAAGUGCACCAUCCAUAUAUACAAGCGAGACACAGUGGUGUCCUUUAUUGAUGAAGAUUGGAAGAAUGUAAUAUCAAAUCUAGAACCUGGUGACGAUGUCGAGAUUUAUGUGGUUUUUGGGCAUGGAUUGAUUGUUAAGAAGACAACUGUUUGUCUAAUAUAUGGCCAGUCAGUUAUUAUGGAAGUUGAUUCAUCAAUUAAGAUGGAAUUGAACGUGCUGCCGCAGCCGUUACCUGAAGUGAACAUGCAAACAUCGUCUAAUGGGACAGUACCAAAGGCCAAUAAAAGUUUAUUUUCAGGAUUUGGAAAAAAAAUGGGUGCAUGUUUAUGCCUGAACCAGCAAAGAGAUAAAGAUUUGAACAAUUUUUGAAUCCUUUGUCACAAAUGGGAUUCCUUUGUUUCAUUGAAUCAGGAUGGAGGGAAGCAUUGUGUUUUAUAUACAUAGGGGACAUGUCGAACUUUCCAUCUCAUAAUUUUAUUUUUUUAUUUCGUUUUCGUACGAAAAUCCAUUUAUAUUUAAUUUAUAUUUAAUUGGUUUUACGUGUUUGGACUAUAGGUUCAAAAAGUUGUCUUUUGUAGAGUGAGUUUAAUUAUGCUUCAAUUGCAUCUAUCCAUUUUACCAUUGUAUUCUAUUUUAAACAUAAUUUAUCAAGAUCUAUUUAUUUUCAUGAGUGACAGGUACCUCAUCAAUCUCUUAUAGAGAUGAAAUGUUUAUUAUGUCCGAGAAUUCUUUUAGAUUUUCUAUAUUCUCACUUGGGUCAUCUUUAUUCUUAACUCCCUUUCUUGUUCGAGGAUUUUUUAUCUUUUGAACCGAUUGGUAUACCACGCUCAGGUGUGGUUGAGAUUCAUUGGAUUGUCCAACAGGAAUAUCAAUUUUUAUUGGAACAUUUGCAGCUGGAAUAUGAUUUAGUCACACCUUUUGGAUCGGUGAAUGCACCUGAUAAUUGAUUUG